AGAGGCAAAAAGAGAAACCUAUUUACCUUCUCAGUUUCUUCCAUCGAUCUCUCGACCAAACCUCUUUCUCUUCUCUUCUUUUAUGUUUUAUCUCCUCAUUUUCUUUUAUUAAUAUCUGCUUGUCCUGUACAAAGCGAGAUAGAGAAAGUAGAAAUUAGGGUUUCAAUCUGCAAAUCUGAAUCGAUGGCGUGCCAGAAGAAUUGACAUCUAUGGUUUGUUGAUUGGGUUUUGUCUGAAUUAGGUUUUGAGAUAUUGGUGACGAGCUGUACAGAAAAUUGACAUCUAGGGUUUGGUGAUUUAGAUGCAGUGAGAUUGCGGGUUCUUGGUGCUGGUGUUGGAGAAGGUUUGAACAAGAAAUUACAGAUGAAUGAGUUUAUGCAACAGAGAAAGGAUGGAGUCACAGAGUGCGUGAAUUAUUGAUAGUACUGGUGGUAUUGUUAGCUGAGAAACUUCAAAAGAAGACUAGAUGAAUGUAUUAGGUUUACAAGAAAAUGGUGAGAUGGAGUUGAUGGGUACUGCAAAUGGAUUGCUUACAUGGGUUUAUGUGUUGAUUGUAUGCAAGGGAAUGAGAUUGAUGGUGAUUUGGCCUGAGAAGAAAGUAGAAUGGUGUUCUGCAGUGUUGCAAUGGGUUGCUUAUGGAGAAUGCCUCGAGUGUGUUGUUCUGAUGGUUUUCUUCCUCAAUUUCAUCUCGCUGCUGAUCAGAAUGAGGGUUUGCUUUUAAUAGUAAGCCGCUAACAAUGGGGUUUGUUGUUUUGUUUCUAUUAUGCAUAUUGGGUAUUUUGAUUGUACUUUGAAAUUGAUAUUAGGGUAUAAAAUUCUCAAAACUAGAUAAAUUUUUAUAUCUACUUUGAAAUUAAUGAAUUUUCUCAUCCUAAUCUAGCAUAACUGUAAUCACUGCCAGCGCCAUAAUCACCGGACCUAUUCAAUACUGACCAUGAGAGUCAUAAGCUUAUUUCUGUAGCAGGUAUUCUCUACAUCGGUGGUAUGCAAAACUUUGCUGGUGUUUAAGAUUGAUUGAAGCUUGAACUGGGUACGUAUAUGAAGAUUUCUUCCUGAGCUAUUCUCUUGAUGUGCAAGUUAGUCCACCUUGGCUAGGAUCUUUUGCUUCCAUGUAUUCCUUUCAAAGCACUCUUAAAAGAAUAGAUGUUAAUGCCAUUCCAGCCAUUGAGGAGGUUAAUAUUUUCAAGGAUGAUGUAGUCAUCCAGUUCCAAAACCCUAAAGUUCAAGCUUCGAUCGCUGCCAACACAUGGGUUGUUAGUGGUUCUCCUCAAACAAAGAAAUUGCAAGAUCUUUUACCCAGAAUUAUCCACCAAUUGGGACCCGAUAACUUGGACAACUUGAGGAAACUUGCAGAACAAUUCCAGAAGCAGAUGCCUGGUGGUGCAGGUGGCAUUCCAGGAACAAUCCCUGAGGAGGAUGACGAUGAUGUGCCAGAGCUUAUGGCUGGAGAGACAUUCGAAGCCGCAGCCGACGAGGAAGAAGCAGCUUCCUAGAUAUUGUGGAAACAACUGAAGAACUUGGGAGGAAGAAGAAGAAGAAGAAGAAAGAAGAAAGAAGAGAAGGUUUGUCAUUGUUUUCUCAGUUCCAUCUAAAUUAGUGUUUACCAACUCUUGCUGCAUUGAAUUGAUUAUGAUGUUUUUUGAUAGGCUGAGAUAAUUGAAGAGGUUGCCGUAAUGUCUUUCUUUCUUUCCUGUAAAGGAGCAAGAUUGUGCUUAAUAUCGUCGAGAUGGGCACCGGGGAUGAGCAGCUGGACCAAUCAGAUUCUAUGUAGGAAGUUAGUAAGUUUCUAUGUAUUGCAUUAGAAAUUUGGAACUUAGUUUCUAUCCAUUCCCUUGGAAUUUGAUACUUAACAAAAAUAUUGGUACUUAGAAGAAUUUGUGUACUUAACAAAAAAAAAUUGUACUUAGAAGAAUUUGUGUUGUUUUCUGACAUGAAUUGGUUGAAUGUAGUGUAAAUUGAUUGUUGAAUGUGGAUGAUAUGAAAUGUGGAUGCAGGUUAACA